CGGCGGGCAUCACGUCACCAGACCAUCCAAUCAGAUUUUAGCAGGAAAUAUCGCGAGUCUUAGGGCCGCCUUCGCUCUAUAAGCCCGUGGGAACGGCCAUAAGAAACCCUUUUUACGAAGAUGGCGCCGAAGGCCAAGAAGGAAGCCCCUGCCCCUCCCAAAGUUGAAGCCAAAGCCAAAGCUUUGAAGGCCAAGAAAGCAGUGCUGAAAGGCGUCCACAGCCAGAAGAAGAAAAAGAUCCGCACAUCACCCACCUUCCGAAGACCCAAGACCCUGCGGCUGAGAAGGCAACCCAAAUACCCUCGGAAGAGCGCCCCCAGGAGAAACAAGCUUGACCAUUAUGCCAUCAUCAAGUUUCCUCUCACUACUGAGUCAGCCAUGAAGAAGAUAGAAGAUAACAACACACUUGUGUUCAUUGUGGAUGUCAAGGCCAACAAGCACCAGAUUAAACAGGCUGUGAAGAAGCUCUAUGACAUUGAUGUAGCCAAGGUCAACACCCUGAUUAGGCCUGAUGGAGAGAAAAAGGCAUAUGUUCGGCUGGCUCCUGAUUAUGACGCCUUGGAUGUUGCCAACAAAGUAAGCUUCCUUGCUGCAAACUCAAUGCCCACCAUCUUACCCACUCUGAAUGAUCAAAGUCUGAUACUUGUUGAUCAAUUUUAGCUGUCCAUCUGCCUUGUUUUUACCGUGUCCUCAUUCUCAAGACAUUCCAGCUUAAUCUUCACAUCUUUCCCAGCUCUCAGUAACAAAGCUCCUUUUUGUUUUUCAGAUUGGGAUCAUCUAAACAGUCCAGCUGGCUAAUCCUAAAUACAGUUUUUUUUCCACCA